AUGCCGAGUUUGCAACCAGUGACGUCACACGAAGAUAGCUCUAGAAAUAUGGAAGAAUUACAAACGGACCUUGACACACUGCUUUGUGGAAAACCUAAAUGGAAACUUAUGUGGCAAAUGGGUACUGUCAGUGACCUCACGUUGGAAGAAAUAGCUGAAAAAAUAGAGAAAGCAGAAAAGGAGAUCCAAUUUCUGACCAGAGAAACGCCCCUCUUAGAGAAAUAUCUAGGAGACAAGUUUGUUUCAAGUGCUAGUGGGAGUGGUGAAGACUCAAGCUCUGGGGUCGGCUCACAGAUAAAAUCUCAAUCAAUGUCACCUCUAGCGCUUGCUGCUCGCGCUCUUGUUCGCACUAAACCAGGUAGUUUGACGACUAAACAGAAACUUGUAAUCGCUCGACACUGUCACAAGUUAUGUAAGGACGAAUUGAAAUCAACGAAAGACAUUACACGCGAAUUUAUCGAAUCGAGCCUGGCUUUAAUUGAAAACUACCAAAGAACUUUGGCCGACAUUAAAUCAGAAAGACAAGAAAUCGAAGUGGAAUUCGGCGAUUUGGUUAAAGCGGAUGGCAAAAUUCCUUUUCUGCAUAAAUGGCAAAAAUAUGUUACCGCAAAGAAUAUAAAAUGUGAAAGUUUAAACAGUACGACAAAGCUACGUAAUGCUGGUCUGAAGCUUAAUAUUAGAAAACAAAUAAUGAUUAAGAAAUAUCGAAAUGAAGUGGAUCCCGUUGAAUUCUACAGCAAAUGGCUUGAAAAAAAUACACUUAAAGAAGAAAUUCAAAAUAUUAUGAAACAAAAAACUCGGUUGAGGAAAGCAUUGGUACCGAUCGAGAGACACACUUACGAAAAGAAACAAGAACUUGAGAAGAACGUGAAUCAAGGAGAAGAGUUUCGCAAGAAAAUUCUGCGAGAGAAGCACAGUUUGUCUUACUUGUUAAACAACCAGCGGCAUCACGAAGAUGCGAAAAAAGUGGAAGAGGCAUUGAACAAACAGUUAAAUACGCUUUCGGAAACUUAUAGGGUACCGUCCGUCUUGGAGUACGUUACUUUGGUGAAAGACAAUAAAGAAAGUAGAGAAACCAUUGAAAAAUGGAAGAAGAAGGUAGAGGUGGCAGAAAUGGUGUACAAAGGGAACGUGAGAAAGUGGAAAGACAUUUCUGAGAAUGUUAAAAAAGAUAGGCUUGAAGUAUAA